AUGCCGUCCCAACAUGAGGCGAAUGAGAAGACAUAUGACGAUAAUGAGGCGCCAAAAUAUCAGAAUACUUACCGUAUGGAGCCGCCGAAUCCAUUCAAGGUCGAUCUAGUUGACAAGAUCGUGAAAACAGUGAUGAAUAAUCGUUUGGAUGAGCUCACGUAUGAUGAUACGGUGGUUGAAAAAUUGUGCAGCGACAUCGCAUCGGAAAUACGGCGACGCGUGAAAAAACUCAAUUUCGACAGACACAAAAUUAUCGUCACAGUUACGAUAAUCGAAAAGACCAGUCAGUCUAUAGAAACGACUUUAGGUUUUCUAUGGGAUAGCGAAAAGGACAAUUAUUCUCUCUUCUCUCUCGAAGGUCGAACUUUCUACGCUCAAUGUUGUGUCCUCGGUGUUUAUUAUGAAUGAUUAUUAUAUUGCAAAAUUA